AUGAUUAGUAAGAACAAUCAGGGUUAUCAUUUGCCUUUGAGUAAAAGUGAUGAUCUAUUGUUUGUACAUGAUAUAGAUUAAGAAAAAUAAUAAAAUCUUCAUGAAUCAUAAUUAAGAAAAAGCAGUUUACAUGACUUUGUAUUAUAGAUACCAAAGGAAUAAAAUCAUAAAAGGAACUCACAUAAUUCGAUAACAUUUAAUGAAGAGUAUAAAAAAGUGAAAUUGGUUCAUACUAAGAAAAAAAUUCUAACUCAAAUUGGAUAAUACGGGUAUAAUGUUUAUAUGGCAGAGUAUAUAAUACAGAAGGAGAAAAUUUCAUUGGAAUUAGAUUUUUAAGUUAUAUUAGAUUAAGUGAUUGACAAAAUUCAUUAGUUUGAGGAAUAAUACAAAUCUUGUUAUGGAAUGAAGAUUCACAAAAAUAGUUACAAAUAGAUUGUUCCUGUGUUGAUUGAAGAACAAUAAUAAAUUGACUAAUUUGUAGUAGAGGUAAAAAGAUAAAAGCAAGGAAAAGAAUCUAAAGAUUAUAAUGAUAAUUGUGGUAUAUGUUUAGGAGAGUACAUAAAUAAGUAGAAAGCUUUGAACUGUAGACAUGAGUUCUGUUAUGAAUGCUUACAGAAUUAUUUAGACAAUAAAAUUAAGAUUGGUUAAGUGCUGGAAAUUGAAUGUCCUCAAUAAGGAUGUGACAAUUAUUUUAAUGAUGAGGCUAUAAAGAGCUUAGUAAAUGAUGAGUAAUAUCAAAAAUAUGAUAAAUUCAAGAAAUAAAAAUUGUUAGACAGAGAUGAAACAGUUAGGUGGUGUAUUAAACCGGGAUGUGACAAAUUUAUUAAGGGAAAAAGUAUGUUUAGCAAUACUAUAAAAUGUGAAUGUGGAUAGGAGAUGUGCUAUGAGUGUAGAAGAGAAGAUCAUCCAGGAAUGACAUGUGAACUAUAGGAAGCAUUAGACAAAUAUUAUGAAUAAACAAUGAAAUAAUUAGUUAUUCAACGAUGUCCUAAAUGUAAAGCACCUAUUCAAAAGAAAGAAGGAUGUAAUCAUAUGACUUGUUAUCAAUGCCGCUUUUAGUUUUGUUGGUUAUGCAGAGCAAAGUACACAAGAAUGCAUUUUGAUUAAGACAAUUGCUUUGGAUGUCCAGAUAAGCAAUUUUCGAGUGAUGAACCUUAUUCUAGACCAAGAUGGAAGAAGUACGGAGGGAUCAUUUUCGAAUUCUUUGCUACCAUACUAAUUCUACCAAUAAUUCCAUUCAUUUUAAUUUAUUAUAGUGUGAUGACUCCUCUGAAAUUAGUUAAACAUUUUAAUCGACAAUAUUACAGACAAAUGGAAGAUGGGGAUAAAAUGUGCUUACUCUUACUUGGAGUAAUGUUUUUCCCUGUAAUCAUGGUGUUCUUGAUCUGUCCAGGACUACUUCUGCUGGUGGCGUAUAAGAUUAAAUAUGAUUGA